AUGGCAACUCCACAGACGAAGGACGACACCAAGAUCCCCGAGGCGUCUAGCUAUCCCGAAGCGACUGACCAUGCCGCCGGCACCAGCUACGUGUACGAUGAGGGCGCUGUCGAGAACGUCGACGAGGCUUACCUCCGCGCCUCCAAGUCGACGAGGUUCUACAGAGGCGUGUUGUUCCAAAUGAUCCUCUUUGGAGCGUUGUCCUUUGUCGGUCCUGCAAUGUCAGACGCCAUCUCCAACCUCGGAGGUGGUGGUCUCUCGACACCAUACUUGGCCAACUUGGCGACUGCUCUCAGCUACAUGGCCGGCUGUCUGAUCACCGUCUUUGGCGGGCCUCUAAUCAACAAGAUUGGAAUCAAGUGGUCUUGUAUGAUCGCCGCCGUCACUAUGCCCCUUGCCGGUUCGGCUUACUAUGUGAGCGCAAAGUACUCGAUAGACUGGUAUCUUCUCUUUGCAAGACUUCUCGGGGGGUUCACAUCUGGUUUCCUCUACGUCGCCGAGACGGCCGCCAUGCUGUCGUAUCCGGAAGCAAACGACAGAGGUUUCUACCUGGGUAUCUGGUCUGCCAUGAGAAACUCUGGUAGUGUCAUGGGUGGCGCCAUCAACUUCUCGACCAACUACUCCAAGGCCAACGCUGGUGGUAUCGCCUGGUCCACCUACUUGAUCUUCGUCGGCUUCGAAUGCACUGGGACGAUCUGGGCCCUCCUCCUUUCCCCCACCAGGCGCGUACGUCGCCGCAACGGCGCAAAGAUCCCCAUGGCCAGCAGUAUCAGCUGGAAGAGAGAACUCAUUGCGUUGUGGAGGCACUUGCAGCGCAGAAAGACAUGGCUCAUGUCCAUCCCCGCCUUCUACUCCUUCUUCUUUGGCGGAACCAUGGGAACCUACCUCUCCCUGCACUUCUCCGUUCGGGCCCGCGCACUAUCGUCGCUGAUCACUCGUGAGUAA